AGCCGCACCAUUGCUCGCUUGCGGGGAAAGCUGGAGGAAGCAAAUAAUGAAAUAAAUGCUUUAAGAAAUCAAGCUGGGGCCUUGAGCACGGAGAGACAGAAGGCGCAGCAGCAAGCAGAAAUGUUUCGUCAUAACAUAAAGGGCAUGGGAGACUUGCAGAGAAACCUCACAGAAGAGCUUGCAGAGGCAAGCAGGGACCAGCAGCAGCAGCAGCAGCAGCAGCAGCAGCUGUGGCAGCAAAAGCAGCAGCAGCAGCAGCAUUAA